AUGACCCGUCACCCCACCCACGCUUGGAAUGCUCCUUUGUGGACAUGGUUUCACCUACUGCAGUUCAAUAUUGCGAACCAGAUCCAGGAUCUGGAGGAGGACCGCAAGAACAAACCCUCCCGUCCGAUACCUGUUGGUCGCAUUUCUGUCGACAGCGCAGCUGAUAUGCGCUGGGUGAUGGUCCCAGUCUCGUUGACAAUCUGGUACAACGAACUUCACGGUGAUAAGAUGGGAUUGUCGAAGAAUGCACUCACAGCCAUCCUUGGUGGCCCUCACAAAAAAUCUGUCAUUUUGCUCAUCAAGCGUACAGGUCCUCGCAACUCGUGCAUCGAUAAGGCUGGUGCUUUGGCGGUCGCACUUAGCUCGAUAGUCUUUGCGACUACGCUUCAUGCGCAAGACUUUAAGGAUGAAGAGGGCGAUCGCCUCACUGGCAGGCACACGCUACCCACGAUCUUCCCCAAAGCCGCACGUUUUUCAAUGAUGUUCGGUCUUCCCCUCUGGUCAUAUGCCUUGAGUUGUAUCUGGAAGAUAGAUGCGCUCUCUACCACUGGCAUUUGUACUCUACGGCGCAUUUGUAUGGGAACCAACGGGCACUACGUGGUCCGCUAUCGGAACAUGUAUUAUUUCCAACACCACAAUAGUAGUGGUUAUCCAGAGUGGCUUGGCUUAAAGGUGCUUCAGUAUAUACGACAGCCCAAUGCCAUCGCGACCUAUCAGAAAGUGUUUGGAGAGAUGCUGGACGGGUUGAAGAGCCCUUCGCAUUCUCUAUUACUGAUAGAAGGUGGUGAUGAAAAUUUCCAUGGGCCCUCCCAGCUGGGGCCAGGACUUUGGGCCUGGACCUACGAGAUUGAUCUUGAUCGCAAUAUCUUCCAUGUGGACGGCAUGCCUUUUUUUUCCUUGGAAUGUCUCCCAGAUGACGCCGUUUUUCUCCAACACACCUCCGAUGAUGGCAUCACUGCAGAUCAUUACGGCCACGCAGCUUGCCCGUUAGAAUGUCCCCCGGAGAACAGAUACAAAAAGCCAACACCGCCAAUUGUCCACAAUUCUGAACUCGAGACGUACCAGUCUGUGAUGUGCACCGGAUCUCAAGUGGCUCUGAGUGAUCUGCUCGCCGUCAGUGACGGCCUUUCUCAAGACGAGCACGUUCGGGUCACAUUGCUAGAAGUCAUGAUUGGGCAGUGCAUGUUUAGCUCAGCCAUUGGCAGGGAAAUCUACGGAAUAGAGCUUUUAAACGACCACAACCAGAUCACGGACGAUCAAUGGUCAAUUGCAUGCUUCAUGGCCAGCAUUACAUUUAUUCCUCAGAUGUUCGACGACAUACAGUGCAUUUACCAUCGCAAGCUGAAAAGAAAGGAGUUCACGUGGGUUCGCGACGACACUGUUGUCUACAUCGCAACACAUCUAUAUGACGAGCGAUGCCUACAGGCUUCUGUGUCACGUCUGAUCAACGUGAUCUUGGAGCAGACGAAUCAUUCUGGUCAUUACUUUGGAAUCGCGUUUUCUGUCUUCCAUUGUGCAGUCGUCAAAGUCGUCAAAAACGCACACACCAUGUCAUUCAGCCACACGAGCGCCCUCCAAUUUUUACCAUCAUUCUACGCAGAUUCACCUUCUACGCCAGGCAUCACUGCUCUCGCCCGUCUUGGAUAUCGCAUCGACCCCGCACUCUUUCGGCGUGCUUUGGAGGCUUGUCAUUAUGUGCGGUACAGUGGCAUUUACCUGAAGGAAUCCCUCGUUCAGAGAGCUGAUAGAAGUGACGAUAUACCACCCACCACCAUCUGUCCAACGUUGCCUCUUGAACUUUGGCGAGAGAUCGCCUGUUAUCUCACUCAUCCCUUCCACCUCAUCGUCCUCGGAUUGGUCUCAAGACUGUGCCGUCAAGCAGUCUCGAUGGUACUUCGCUGUACCCACCUCUGUGGCUAUCGCCUGGUCUCCGCUCCCCAAGAGAGACCAGAGUAUAGGAAGGAAAACCUCUCGCUACGGGCAGCAUCUUUUUCCGCUGUACGAAACGGCAUUCCUACUACGGUGAAUGUUGGAGUGACUGGGAUGCUUAACGAUCGACUACCAGAGCAGCGCAUGAUUAUUCCCCUCGAAAUCAAAGAUUCCUAUCUUCAUCUUACCCUUUCAGCCGAUCCUUGA